CCGCACCUGGGGUAUUUCUAGUGGCGUCCCAUCUCCCCGGCCUGAGGCGAUGACGACGACGAUGAUGAGGCUGAGGCAGCACCUGGGCCUGGCCUCCUCCUCCUCCUCCUCCUCCCCUGCUAUUUUUAUUUAUACCUCCGCCAUCGCCAGGCUCGGCAACAACACCCACCGCCGCCGAACAAGUACUACUAGCACCACCCUAAAGCAGCUCCUCCUCGCCUUCCUCCUCAUCCUCGUCUUCUUGAUCCCCAGCUCCGUCUUGUUGCCCCCAGCUCGGCCUCGGAUCAUGUCGUCCUCUGCUUCCGACUCUGCCUCGUCCGCGGCGCCGUUCGAGAAGCCCAGGGCCGUGGUCAAGAAGCUCCUCGCGGAGUCGCAGCCCGAGGGGCAGGGCGCAACCGUCCGCAGGAGCAUCGGCAGGCAUGAACUCCGGAACCUGGAUCCCUUCCUCAUGCUCGACGAGUUCUCAGUCUCCAAGCCCGCCGGAUUCCCCGACCACCCACACAGAGGAUUCGAGACCGUCACCUACAUGCUCGAGGGCGCCUUCACCCACCAGGACUUCGCCGGCCACAAGGGCACCAUCAAAACAGGCGACGUCCAAUGGAUGACGGCGGGGCGCGGCAUCGUGCACUCGGAGAUGCCGGCGGGGGACGGCGUGCAGAAGGGGCUACAGCUCUGGAUCAACCUCUCCGCCAAGGACAAGAUGAUCGAGCCGCGGUACCAGGAGCUGGAGAGCAAGGACAUCAGCCGCGGGGAGAGAGACGGCGUGGAGGCGCGCGUCAUCGCCGGGGAGGCCCUGGGCGCGGCGUCGCCCGUGUACACGCGGACGCCCACCAUGUACGUCGACUUCACCAUGCGCCCCGGGUCACGCCUCCACCAGCCGGUGCCCGAAGGGUGGAACGCCUUCGUCUACGUCGUCGACGGCGAGGGCGUGUUCGGGCGGGACAAGGCCGCGCCCACCGCCGCGCACCACUGCCUCGUGCUUGGACCCGGCGACGGGCUCAGCGUGUGGAAUCGGUCUGACAGGCCGCUCAGGUUCGUGCUCGUCGCCGGGAAGCCGCUUGGUGAGCCCGUGGUGCAGCAUGGGCCCUUCGUCAUGAACUCGCGCGCCGAGAUCCAGCAGGCCAUGGAGGACUACUACUAUGGCAAGAAUGGAUUCGAGAGGGCCAGCCAGUGGAGCUCCUCCUCCGCCUGAUCGUGAUCGGCGAGGCAAUCGCACCAAAUCUAAUCUCACGUGCAAAAUAAACAUUUUUAAUUAAAUUUCUUGGCUUGUACGACUGGCCAUUUGUUUGUUGGGGAAGGCUAGAACGUUCCACACUCUGAUUUUGAUUAUUCUUUUUUCUAGCAACCAUUGUACUAGUAGCAUGUCAUUUAUUAGUGUGGUGAAUUGGUGAUUGAAAUAAACAGUGUGGAAAAUUGAUAGUAUCAAUAAAGUAUUAUUGUAUUAUUAGUACUAUGGAAAA